UAUAGAUAAAUAGCUGUUGUCUGUUCAGUGGCCAUAGAAAAUGAUGGCACAGAUGGCAGGCGACAAAUUGGACGCCAAGGAACCCUCCCAAUGCGAGGAGGAUGUUGGGCCAGGCGCACGCGUCAAAGAAGAUUCUGAACCAAACACUGCAGCGAAGGUGGGGGUAAAAAAAGCGGGCUCCGAUCCGGAAAAACGUAAAGACCUGCUCAAAGCAAAUGGUCUCGAAAAGCAGGAUGCUGCCUUGGACGAAAUGAGUUCGUUGGAGCUGGAAAUAGCCGAAAUGCAUAACAUACACCCCUCCGAUCAGGCCCUAGAGAAUGCAGUCGAGAGUGCCUCUGCCAGCAGUGGUGGUGAAAAUGGUAGCCCUGUUGCAGGGGGCGUGGACGAGCCCGCACAGACAACUGGUGACGGGACGACAUUGCCGGACAAGCGACAGGACAAGGCCCGUGAGGGGGAGACCAGCGAACAGGCUCUCGAGGAAGUGGACCUAAUCGCCCUACUAAAAGGCACGGAUACACAAGAGGAAAAGUCUGCCAUGGAGAAGACCCUUUCCGAAUUGGAUAACGUUGAUGUGGAAGUAACCAUCGUGGGCGAGGGGCAAUAUCCAACCUUGGAAGUCGACGAUGAAGAACACAGUGUGCCGGCAACAACCGGCGCGAAGACCUCCAAGACAUCCUUGUCCACCAAACUGCUCAGCAAACCUUCCUCCUCCUCGUGCCCCCUUUACAAACCGAAGCUCUCGCCGGAGCAGGCACGAGCCGUGGCCCUGGAGCAAAUAGCCGAUCUAAAGGCACACAAAUCGCGGCGCAGAGAGCCUGUGGCCAGUGUCGUGAAGCCCAAGGACAUAGUGAGCACACUGAACGACGACUGGACCGACUGUGACUCCGACAGCGAGGUGCCAACAGUCGCCGCGGCUCCAGUCGUGCCCAAAAAGCUGCCUCCUCCCCAGCCGAAGGCCGUCAAGGUUGGGCCAGACAAUUGCCAACGGAUUUACAAUCAGCUCAAGGUAAUCCUGAAGCCGGUAAGCCCCAGAACUGUGGCUGCCUCCACGAAAGCCGUGAAGCGGGCAAAACCUGCCACACCCACAGAGCCCGUCGCUAGCGAAGCGCCUACAGGGAACAAGCGCAAUCGUGUGCCGAAGAUAAUAUGGGAUCCGGAUGUGCCAGAGACGCAGAAAUCGUUUGCCCAGUAUGCCAGCUCCAAGGGAACGGCGACUCCGCCACUGGCGCCAUCAACAGCGGCUGGCGCUGGCACAUCAGCAUCCCCAAAGACUGCGAAACCGAGCCCCGGCAAUUCGACUUGGCUUGUGGUCAAGAGGGUGCCGCGGACCCCAACAGGGGCAACUACGGGUGCCCCAAAGCCGGAGGCUAGAGCCCCCGCCAAGCGUCGUUCCCGGACGCCAAACACAGGGCUGAUGCGUGCAGCGACGCCAGAGGUGCGGGCACCCGCCAAGCGUCGCUCCCAAACUCCAAACACAGGCCUGGCCAACGGCGGCUCCCAGAAAAAGAAGAAAGUGAGCGAGAUUGACCGCCUGAUGGGGGAUGAGGGUGCGGCCAACAUGAUCCAGGCAGUGGAGCACGAGCAGCGGGAGCAUAGUGCCGGCGAAACGUCCAACAAGCCGCGUAUGCGCAACCGGGCAAUGACGGUAACAAUGACGGUAGCUGGAGCUGGACGGCCGGUCCAGCCCGCGCAGCCCGCGUCGCCCAAGAAGGAGGCGGCCAAUGCCAGUGUUCCGAAGACCAGCAAACGCGCCGCAGCCGGUGCCUCCAGUGCUGUUUCCCCGAAGAACGCCACUCCCUCCGCCACUAAAACCAAGCCACUGGCCUCCGACUCGUGGGACUACGUGUACAAGGGGCGGGUCGAUGAAGAGUCCAUGAUUAUGCGACGGCGUUCGAACAGCUCGUACUCGAGCAAUGCGUCCGUGAAUCGCCUCUCGCUGGACAACAAGACCGGAGCCGUGCUCUCGGACGAGGCUGCCGACGCGAACGAUCCCACCUUUAAGUUCCUGAAACCGGAGAACAAAGCGAACCAAAGAACUUCCACAGGAGGCGAGGAGGCGCACACCCUCACCAACGACAUGAAGCACAGCGCCAGUGGCCAGCCCAAGGAGGCAAAGACAACCGAACUGGUUGUCCUGCACAAGCUGGACAAGCUGGCGCAUCUGGUGAUCAAUGUGCACCGCGGCAAGGCCGGCCACACCUACACCAGCCAGCUGCUGCAGAAGCUCAACGAGCUGCUCAACAGCGUGGCCAAGAACUCUCAGUACAACACAGUGCUGCUGACCGUGCAGGGUCCGCACUUCUGUCAGGGCAUUGAUUGCCAGGAGCUGGUCGGGGGCUCUGUCGAGAAGCGCAAGAACAGUGCCAGUCAGCUAACGCUGGCCCUCAAAAAAUACCUACAUACGCUGGCUACAUUCCCAAAGCCUCUGGUGGCCGGCAUUGUUGGCAAUUUAAAGAAUCUGGGCGUCAUGCAGUUGCCGCACAUGGACUAUGUGGUGGCCGCUGAUGAUUGCUGCUUCGAGACCAAUUAUGCCAAGAUUGGACAGCUGCCCGAGGGCUAUGCACUCUUCCACAACCAUCCAAAGGUUUCCGCUCUGGUGCACUCGCGUUUGUUUUUGCUGGGCGAACGCUUGAGCGCUUCAGAUCUGUUGGGGCCAAGCGGCUUCGUGGACAAGACUUGCCGCCCACGAAGCGUCGGCGAGGAAGCACUGGCAGUGGCCACCUUAAUAUCCACAACAACGGCGGAGUCGUAUCGCAAUCUGAAGAAGCUAAAUCACUCGGCCAUCAAUUCGGCAAACUUGCCGCGAAUGGACGAAGAGUUCAAGUCCAUAGCGGAGCAAUGGGCAACAGCCAGUGUCCAGGGGAAUUUGAAACGUUAUCUGAGCGGUGACGGUCAUUUGUAAAGCUACCAAAAUGCUCUGGUAGCCUACAUACAUUCGUUAAUAAUUCACUUUAUUCAAUUAAAGUCCACCUAUAGUUGAUCUAAUUCGGAUAGCAAUUUUAAAUUCUAACAUCGGAAAUCCACCUCCAAAUAAGUAUAUAAACAUGUACUGUACAAAAGCAUAAGAUUAACUGAAGCUCUUAAACACAUAUGUCACCUAAAUUUAUCUACAAUAAGAGUAAUCCAGAUGAUAAUCCAAUUUUCCAGGAUCUGUGGAAACAUAAACUAUCAAAUGUUUUCGGUUUAAUUACCGUUAUAAAGACUACUGUUUUUAUAACUA